GAAAAACAUUAUAAAAAAAUAUAUUAUAUGGCUACACAUUACAAACUCAGCUGUUCAUUUGUCAAAAAUAUCUCUAUUUUUGAUUACACUAAUCGCUCGUGUUUUCGUAACAUCAAUGUUAGGCUAGUUUACAAGUUUAAAUAUAAAUUGGUUUAAGUGACUAUAAGGACUGAUAUAAAAAGAUGUCAUUAUCUCCAGCAAGUGGCAUUGGGCGCUACUAUAAACAUUCUUCCAAAAUUAUCCGCUUUGUCCGUUUGGGUUGUACAAAUCGUCCCUUCUACCAUGUUGUCGUCAUGGAGACUCGAAAAAAUCAACACCAGCCAGUAAUAGAACAAGUUGGUACUUAUGAUCCAAUGCCAAAUCAGAAAAAUGAACGUUUGGUUUCUUUUAAUUUUGAACGUAUACGCUAUUGGUUGGGUCGAGGUGCUCAUCUGUCCACACCAACAGCAGAACUAUUGGGUAUUGCUGGUUUUUUGCCCAUCCAUCCGCGCACUUAUAUGUCUGCUUGGCGAAACAGACAAAAAAUUGCCGAAAAUGAAACAAAUAAAGUAAAAGAUCCAGUUGAAGCGUAGACAAAUAUAAUAAAGUAAUUCAAAACAUAUUAAGAUAGUGUUUUUAUUGACAGUAACGUCCAAUUAAACAUAAAUGUAUGCAGUUCUAUGACCAUGACACAUUAUGUCAUACCUUUCCUAAACUAGUAUAAAUUAUGUGUUGUUUAGUUUGCAUUAAAUAGUAAAUUUAACACGAAACAAUUUUAUUUUUUUUUCAAGCAAAAAGCCACCAAAUAUUUAAUUUCUUUAUUUUGAUUUCUUACAAUAAUUUUUUAAAAUUUUGAUUCUAACACAAUAAAAUUUUGUAAGCUACGAGCAAUGUUGAUAUUAAUCUUCAGCUUAGGUGCAAAAUAGCAGUGCCAACACCCCUUAAUCGCAUACGAAUUCUUUAGACAGUAAAAUAUUUGACUUAAAUGACACGAAAAACAGGGUAUGGGUAUUCUUGAUUCUAACGUACGCUCUUGUAAUUGUGAUAUCCAAAAACAGUA